AUGUCUCAACUGCAAACAACUGAUAUGUUUAAUGUUAUAAAGUACUUUCACACAUUUACUGAUAUGUGCAAUUCCAUUUUAGUUUCUAAAAAGUUUAAAAACUUUAUUUCAGAGUUAUUUGAAAAUCCCAUUCCCAUCACUCAAAACAUUAUUAAACAUUUCCCCAACAUCAAAAUUUUAAAUUUAUAUCAUGAAAAUGACGAGAAAAUGUUUUAUUAUCAAGAAGGUAUUAAUAAAAAGAAAUAUAAAUUUGAUAAAGUUGUUGUUUGGUACCAAGUUUCUUACAACGUGGCUUAUCACAACUCCAACAACCCAAAACUACUUUUCAAAAAGAUUUCUUACACUGUUGACGACUCUAUUAAUAUUGGCGCAACAAUUCCUGAAACAGUGAAUUCAAUCGGUGAAAAUUUCUAUUCAGAAAUUCCUUUAAAUACCAUUGAAAUACCAACUUAUAUAAAGUUCAUUGGAGACUCUUGUUUUGAGUUUUCAAAGAACUUAAAAACUGUUUUACUUGCUUCUAAUAUCGUUACAAUUGGUAAAAACUGCUUUGCUAAUUGUUUGGCGUUAAAAACAGUCGAACUUCUUAAUGUGAACAAAAUUCCCGACUUCUGUUUUUUUCAUUGCAAGACUUUGACGUCAGUGAAACUCCCAAAUUCGACUUUUCUAUUAGGCAACUCGGCAUUUAGUAAUUGUGAGUCACUUGUUCAAUUAAAUAUACCAAACGACUUAGUCUCUUUGGGAGAGUCUUGUUUCUCUUGUUGUUUCAAAUACACAAUCCCCAUACUUCCAGAAUCAUUCCAAGUGCAGUGA